AUGGAAGCAGUUCAAGGGUUAUCGAAUGCAACUUUAGAAGAAGAAGACUUGUCUGCUGAUCAAAAUAAUGCAUUUAACGUAGAAGUAUUAACUGCCACUAUGAAUGAGGAAGAAUUAAAUGAACAUUGUAUUGAAUGGUUACUAGAUAGUGGACGUUCAGACCACAUAAUAAAUUGUGAAAAAUAUUUCCAUGAAAUUGUUGCACAAGACAUCCAAGCCGUCGAAGGAAAAAGUGUGAGUUUACCGUGCGAUGUCGUCCCUCCUGGUCAUGACAAGGUAUACAUGGUAUUCUGGUUUCAAUAUGGAUCUGGAUUUCCGAUAUACAGCAUUCUUUUACAUUCUUCAACAUUCUUUUAUAUUCUUCAACAUUCUUUAACAUUCUUCAACAUUCUUCAACAUUCUUCAACAUUCUUCAACAUUCUUCAACAUUCUUCAACAUUCUUCAACAUUCUUCAACAUUAUUCAACAUUCUUCAACAUUCUUCAACAUUCUUCAACAUUCUUCAACAUUCUUCAACAUUCUUCAACAUUCUUCAACAUUCUUCAACAUUCUUCAACAUUCUUCAACAUUCUUCAACAUUCUUCAACAUUCUUCAACAUUCUUCAACAUUCUUCAACAUUCUUCAACAUUCUUCAACAUUCUUCAACAUUCUUCAACAUUCUUCAACAUUCUUCAACAUUCUUCAACAUUCUUCAACAUUCUUCAACACUCCUCAAAAUUCUUCAACUUUCUUCAACAUUCAAUAUUCAACAUUCAAUAUUCAUCAUUCAACAUUCAAUUCACACAUAA